AAAUCCUCACUCUCCCGCAAGUCACCUCCACGAAACCGCACCGCAGACACACUACCACACACGCAUCUGCACCGCACACAUUCCCAACGCUAUUCGAAGCCCACUCGCCGCCAACAGCACAUCCACAAUGCCACUCCUCACGAACUUCAUCCCCGCCGCGGACCUCGACCGCAAGGCCGCCUUCUUCGCCGCCUACGCAUCCCGCACGCUCGCCCAAGCCCACGCCCAAGACCACAGCAGCAUCACCAAGCCCCUGCACACCUGGGCACGUGCGCUCCUCCUCGCCUUCGAAGGCAUCUUGCGCGGCAGCCCGCAGCUGGCAUGGGCGUUCUUCGACACGAUGGACUGCCUCGAGGCGUGGGCGUGGAAGAACCAGGCCGAGAGCGACGAGGUGAAGAAGUGGCUCCCCGGAAACGGGGAGGCGGAUGGAGAGGCGUUUCGGGCGUGGCUGGAGGGCAAGGGCAAGGAGAAUGUGGGGGUUUGGGAGGGGAUUAAGGCGUUUGUGGAGGAGGGGCUUGAGGGGGGUGUGUUGGAGGAGGAAGAGGGGGCGGGAGUCCCGGAGUUCUUCGGGAUGGUGAGGGCGGCGAGGAAGUGGUACGGGGUUUGAAGGGGGGAUGGGGGAGAGGGGCGCCCUGGCUUCGUAUGAGGGGCUGGAGGAGGGAGAGGGAUUGAUACGGUAGCAGGAUAGACUCCGC